AUGAGGUUUCAUGCUUUUGAUCCUCCUCCUUCUCGUAUCUUUGCCUUGAGGGUUCUUCAAUUGAAAGACCAUGGUGUUAGUGAGGACCGAGCAAUGGCUAUAGCUGAUAUGGAAUAUCUGACAGAGAAGAAAGCAAAGAAGAAAGCAUAUAGCCGUUUGAAGGAAAUUGCACGUCUUCAAGGAAAGAGACCUCCUCCAAACCCAUAUCCUAGUGCUAUCAAGGAGAUACAAGCCGAGGAGAGGAAAUAUGUUCGUGAUCGUUUCUUUAAUCCAAAGAUACUCGAAAUUGUGAAGCAACAGAAAGCCGAGGCAAUGGAGAGAUUCAGUGCCCGUGCUGGUGCUGAUUGGUGACUUUUGAGGGAAACUUAAACUACAUUCAAUGUUUGCCUCUCACGAUAAUGUUUAUCAUUCACCCAUUGAAACCUGCCUAUUUCUUCCUCAUAUGAGGUCAAAUAUUUACUUGUUGUAAUAGAUAAAUUUCACUAGAAAGCUUUACAAAAUUUCUUGUGAAGGUCAUUUUUUCCAGGCUACUCAAGUUUUGUUAGAGCAGCAAAUAUUUGCAUUGUGUUGAACUCUCUCUUUUGUUGAAUUUGAACCUUAACCGGUUUUUCUUGGAGUGUCUUAGCACUGUCAGCACUCGAAUUUGCUUGAUAAACAUACUUUGAUUACUUGCUACACAGGGUUUGAAAGUA